GGUGUUUCCUGUUGGACUAAUUAGAGGAGAAUCUGUGUCUUUGUCAGUCUGGUGUCAUGUGGAGCUGAGAGAGAGAGAGAAGCUUUUUCUUCACUUCAGUUUGUUUGAAAGGAAAACAGACUGUUGAGCAAGAACGUGACCGUGAACAUGGACGAUGGAAGCCAGCAGCCGCACACGUACGGGAGUGGACAACAGAGAACUCAACACCCCAGACCUUUCUUCUACGUCCAGCCUCCAUCUCAACCUUAUUACCUGUACCAGCAAUGGCAGAUGAACAACCCGUACAAUCACUAUGGUUUGCCUGGAGGUUUUAACUUCAGUCGUCCCUGCAUGUACCCGUACCAGUACAUGCAGUAUCCUGGUUUUGUUUUUCCACCUGCUCCGAUUUAUCCGGCCGAUUAUAGGCGAAUGUUUGAGCCCAGGUUCCACGCUCCAGCCUGGAAUCAUCAGCAGCAGCAGCAGCAGCAACAGCAGCAGCAACAUCACCCGCAGCAUCACCUGCAGCAUCAAGGGCGUCGAAAAAUGGCCUGUUCAGAGGCUCAGACCGACCCCAGUGAUGCCAUAACCAAGCUCAUCGAGUGUCUGGACAAGAUCCGAACCAGCGAUCUCAGACAGGGCCCGGACAGAGAACUGGACUCUGGAGUCGCCUCCCAGUCCUCAGGCAUGUUCUCUCCAGGAGAGGAGAAGAAAGGUGAAGAGCAAGGUCACGUAUUGCCGUCGGUGCCGGACGAUCUGCAGUGUCCAGCUGUGACACUGAGCGACUCCACCACCGCCGUGUAUGACGGUGAGUCCAGCCGCAGGAGCUUGGACACCCUGAGUCCUUAUGGAUGCUGGUCAGGAGCCUUGGAAGAGGAGUUGCCUCUCGAUAGCUCCUCUGUCCAUGAGGAGCAUCAUGGGCUUCAGCAGAUUGCACACGCUGAACACUUUGACGAGGUCGCACAUGUCCAGUCAGACAUCGUAGUGACCGGUGCAAGUGCUCGCAAAUGCGACGCCGAGGAGCUCCUCAAGUCCUCACUGGCUUCUUCUGUGAUCACAGAAGCUAAAAGCUCCAACAGCGCCUCAAAGGUGGAACAUCAGACCUCUUCCUUGGAUGCAGCCAAACCUGAUCCAAGCUUCCAGAUCCUCAAGCUGCCCUUUGAGAGUGUUUUGAGGCCGGAAGCUGCAGGAGGUGGUCACUUCUCCUCGCCUGCAGCCCCCUACCUCUACAACUACAUCUCCACGCAGACCACACACGAGCGCAUGAGCGUCCUCAGUCCGUCCCUUGACGAGCUCUCCUCCAGAGACGAGAUGAUCUCCACAGAUCUGGACGACGUAGAUCUCUUCCCUAAGACUGUGUACACGGGUCACAGGCUCUCCGAGGUCAUCGGAGCGCCCCCUGCACCUGCCGAGGACAUAGAAGACGUGUGGCUGCCGGGUUCGAAGAGGAUUCUGUGCGUCUGCUGCGGGAAGAACAUGGUAAAAGGCACCGGGAGGAGCCGAGUCCACAAUUCCACCAUGUACAGAGAUGAAGCCGCAGACUCCGACGAGGAGAGCAGGUACGGAAGAGGGUGCGAGCAGCCGGUCCGAGUGGUCGUGAGGAAGCACACUGCAGCCAGGAAGCCUCACUCUGCCCCACCGAGACACACGGGGAAACCUUGGUACAAAAGGGGCCAGCACAAAGACCCUUCAGAUCCAUUCCACCAGGAGGGAGGUCUGGAUCGUUGUAAGCAAGAAUCGGCUGAUGGAGGAGGGAUCGCAGAGGUGCUGCUCAGUGAGCUGCAGUGCAGAACAUGCCAAGAUGGACACUGCAGCGAGGACGUGACCCCUGCUGACCAGACCAGGUGGAAAGAGGGCGAUGUGAUUCCCAGGAGGAGACAGACUGCUCCUCCGCAACGACAAGAGACAAGCUCACAGAGAAAAGUGAUGUAUCACCGGCCGAGAGACGAGGACAAUGAUGACGAUGAGCCUCCACCGUUACACUGGGAGAGAGGCUCUACCAUGAGAGAAUCGAGAUGUUAGCGACUGGACUUCUGAACAAAGUGUGUUGAGCUGCAGGUCCCCAACAGGUGUAAAUGUUCCAGGAUAAUGUGUGUGUGUGUGUGUGUAUGAAAACACUUAAGAGCACCAGGUGAAAUGCACGGCACACAAAGCCUCUUUUUUUUUGUUAGAUUUAAAUGUAAAAAAGCCAAAAAAAAUGUACGUGUGUGUGUAUAUAUAAUUCUGCAGUGACGCUGCCUUGCACUUUUCAUGAUUAUUGGAUUUCACAGUUGGGCUGAAAGGUUGUGCCACUGUUUGGGGUCAGUCCAAUAAAAUAAUGUCAUUAUUUAAUUUAUUGUGUUUAUUUUAUUUUUCUGAAGGAAUAAAAGUGCAAAGGUUCCAUCUGUUUAAGUGUUACUUACUUUAGAUUUUACACUAAUUUCAUUAGUUCUGCUCUAAUUAUUAAAUAUUAUUCUAUAUUACAUAGUAUAAUAUUUAAUUGUAUAAAACAGCAUUACAUGUCAGAUUUAUCGACUAUCGUCCACUAAUGUUGACAUAAUCUGAAA